AUGGGUCUUAACAGUGGAACAGUACAGUAUAACACCCUGGGUCAAAACAAUGGAACUGUACAGAAUAACACCCUGGGUCUAAACAAUGAUGCAUUACAGAAUAGCAUCCCGGGUCUAAACAAUGUACAGAAUGACACCUUGGGUCUAAACAAUGUAGCAGUAAAGAAUAACACCCUUGGUCUAAACAAUGUUGCAGUACAGAAUAACACCCUUGGUCUAAACAAUGUAGCAGUACAGAAUAACACCUUGGGUCUAAACAAUGUUGCAGUACAGAACGACACCUUGGGUCUAAACAAUGUAGCAGUAAAGAAUAACACCCUUGGUCUAAACAAUGUUGCAGUACAGAAUGACACCUUGGGUCUAAACAAUGUAGCAGUAAAGAAUAACACCCUUGGUCUAAACAAUGUUGCAGUACAGAAUAACACCCUGGGUCUAAACAAUGUAGCAGUAAAGAAUAACACCCUUGGUCUAAACAAUGUUGUAGUACAGAAUAACACCCUGGGUCUAAACAAUGUAGCAGUACAGAAUAACACCCUGGGUCUAAACAAUGGUGCAGUACAGAAUGACACCAUGGGUCUUAACAAUGCUGCAGUACAGCAUAACACCCUGGGUUUAAACAAUGUAGCAGUAAAGAAUAACACCCUUGGUCUAAACAAUGUUGCAGUACAGAAUAACACCCUGGGUCUAAACAAUGUAGCAGUACAGAAUAACACCCUGGGUCUAAACAAUGGUGCAGUACAGAAUGACACCAUGGGUCUUAACAAUGGUGCAAUACAGAAUAACACACUGGGUCUUUACAACGAUGCAGUACAGAAUAACACCCUUGGUCUAAAUAAUGGUGCAUUACAUAAUAACACCUUGGGUCUAAACAAUGGUGCAGUACAGAAUGACACCAUGGGUCUUAACAAUGCUGCAGUACAGCAUAACACCUGGGUCUAA